AAAAUAUUUAAAAAAUUAUGGGCAAUUGUUUGGCAAGUAAUUCAACUGACGAUUUAACAUUAUUAAAUGGAAGAAAUGAAGGUCCUCGAGAAUCAAUUGAUCAGGAACCAGUCUUACAGUUUCAGGAAAAUGUGCAACCAACUUACAGCCAAGUAGGAACUACAGUUCAUCAAUCGUUGACUGAAGAUGAGCAAAUAAAGAUAGCUAAAAGGAUUGGAAUCGUUCAGCAUUUACCUAUAUCACAAUACACACAUGAAAAUUUCCAAUCAAAGAAAGUGCCGAGUGAAUGCGAUAUUUGUAUGAAUGAUUUUGUUGUAGGUGACAGUAUUCGUUAUCUUCCAUGUAUGCAUCAGUAUCAUGUGCACUGUGUGGAUAAUUGGCUUAUGAGAUCACUUACAUGUCCGUCUUGCUGUGAGCCUGUAGAUGCAUCUCUUCUCCUUUCGUCAUUUGAAAACGUUUAAAACUACCU